GCGGUACACGAUUGCGAGAAGGUGAUGGCGCUCAGUUUUGCAUCAUGUAUUACGAACAUGCUUGGUUUUAUCCCCGCACCGAUUGUGUUCGGUUGGCUCAUCGAUUCAGCGUGUAUUCUUUGGCAUAGCAGAUGUCCGAAUGAUCGUGGUAAUUGUGUGAUAUACGAUAACAAGUUCUUUCGAAGAACAUUUCAUUUCAGUAAUGCGGUGAUCCAACUGCUUGCUGUCAUCUCAAUUGUUGUCUGUUAUUUGUUCAUUCGAAAUCGAGUUCUACCAGAAGAAGAACAACAAGCUCCAGAGUACUACGAAGAUGAUCAAAUCAGCGAAACGGUCAAUGAGAACAGCCUGAGGCCGGCACCUAUACAAACAGAUUUAUGA